GGUGUUCCACAUUGCCCUUCUCGUGGGCGCCCUCCUUCUGGCCUCUGCCAAUGCGGUCGAACCUGGCGCAUGCGCUGUAAGUCACCCGAACUCCAAUGAACCCAUCUUCUUGGCCCAGACAACGACUAGCGAUUGGUCCAAUGCGCCAUCUAUCUCCCCUUUCCAGUAGUCAAUUGACUGCCAUCCUCUCCACCUGCAUAGCGCUUUGACUGACACCUGCAUCUCGAAUACAGAAAGGAUGCGUGAUAAAUCUAUAUGCCAACCCGGUCGCUUUGAACUGUGCUCCGCAGGAUAUGAACUGCAUAUGCCGCGCUCAACCUGACGUCGAGUAUGGCAUCAGGGAUUGCAUUACGCAAGCCUGCAAUCUGUCCGGAGACGAGCUGACGGCUCAGGUUGGCGCCUCGUUAGCGUUCAACAAUGAUACCUGCAGGCCUAUCACCUCGAUCUCCACCACUGCUCCGGCAACCGCAAAGCCCACUUCACCGGCCGCUGCAUCGCCUGUGACCACCACCUCACCUACCACCUCACCUGACACCUCACCUGUCACCUCACCUAGCACAACCACUCAGCCUGGCGAAACGGCCGCAGGUUUUACGAGCCCUGAAUCAUCCCCUACAUCGGCCCAAUCGGACAAGGGUACCACAACGGUAUCCCCGACCAGUACCACGGUAGAUGCCCAGGCCUCGGGUGCGCGUCAGACAAGCGACGCAUCAUCUUCCCCUUCUACCAGUGGUACAGCGUCCUCGGGCUCAUCAAGCGCGUCUAGCACCGCCGCCGCUGGUGCAGACACUGCAGAGGCUUCCUCCGUCGGUGGACUCACGACUGCAGCAAAGGCAGGCAUCGGAGCCGGUGUUGGUGCUGCCGUUGUGGUCGCAGCCAUCCUCGCUUGUUGCAUGCUGUGGAAGCGCAAGAAGCACACCGACCAGCAAAAGAAGCAAAAUAUCAGCCCGCCUCGCCCACCUCGUGGCUCAGCUACGCUGCAGAUUUCCAACCCUCUCCCGGGUUCUGGUCGUGUCACUGCAGACGACAUUGAGCGAGGCAACCCGAAUUUCCACGACUUCCCCGCGGUGCCGUACAGCCCAUCGUCCAAUUCAUCAUCGCAACAUUCGCCAAAGUCAACAUACACUCCUUCUCCACCUUCGCGAGACGGCGACGUCGACCUCCGAGCUCGCCGAUAUGAAGAUAUGGUGCCCAGAACGCAGCCGCGAACGGAGACCGGACCAAUGAUCUGAGGCGUUAGGGCGUUGUAUUCUCACCUGCAUCCUCUGGCAUCUACAUCAUGACGGGCCUGUGCAGUUCUUACGGCCGGAGUUAGGGGAUUUGAGCCUUACGGAAGUGUCAUGGAACACAUCCGCAAGCGUUGACAUU